UAACAAAAUCUUAUUUUGGCACUAAUCAAAAAAAACUUUUGAGUUUUUUAUUUUAUUUUAUGACUGUUGUAGAUUUAUUAACGAACUUUUUGAGAAAAUAGAAGAGAAAAAAAUUCUUUUGUUUUUACAAAAAUGAAAAGGUUUAAAGAUUUAAAUCGAAAAAUAUUUUUUGAUAAAAGAAAAUAAGAAAAUAAUAGCUAAAUAAAAACCAACGUGAAUUUGGUCCAUAAUGUCAGAUGCUUAUAGAAAAUUGACUAGCAUUAAGACUGGAAAGAUGUCGCUCAGUGACGGCUAUUGUUUUAGUAAAUUCAGAACGAAACAGUCUAAACUAGUCACGUUCAAAGGAGAAAAAAAAAAACUUACUAUUGAUUUAGAAAGACAACAUAAGGAAACUAAUGAAAAUUUUGAAAAUGAUGUUAAAGUGAUUGUUAACAAUUACGAAAGACGAAUACAAUACCUCAGAAAACUGAUAGAAGAAUACGAAACAAACUCAGUUAAACAAGAAAAUUGUCUGAGUGCAAAAAAUGAAGAAAAUCUUACUUUAAAAAAUCAAGUUGAGGAACUAGAAAAAUUGCUUAAACUGCAAAAUAACAUUAAAAACCCUGUAAAUGAGUUUGUUGGAAAUGAUGAACCAAUACUAAAGCGUAGUGAUGUCGAAGAUGGCGGUGACAAUGACGGCGGUGAGAAAGAUAAGAUGAAUAAUGCCAACGCAAAUAGCAUGAGCGCGAAAGAAAUACAAGAUACAGAGUUACACAAAAACUGUCGUAAAGAAGUUUUAAAACUUUUGUCCGAAAUACGGCGUCAAAAAAGAUACUACGAACUGCAAAUUUUAAAAGAAAGAGAGGUUAUGCAAAACAUGUUACAAGAUGAGAAAAUGCAAUUUGAAAAAGUGGCAUUCAAGCACCUUAACAAUAAAAUAGAGAAAGAGCUGAAAAAAACUGAACUGUUAUGUACAGAAAAAAAAUACCUCCAAAAUACUAUAUCUGAUAUUAUUGUCGAGUCAGCAAUGAGUCGAAUAGAAAACUGCGAGAUAAAUGGUUGCUUGUGUCAACUCAUAAACUGCCCUGAAAUCUCAAAACAAAUCCCUGAUACACUUUGUAUUAAGCAAGAACUCGCUGGUGUUACUUCAUGUAAAUUAAUUGGUAAAUUAUUUGAAAGGCAGAAAGACUUGCUUUCUCAAGCGUAUAUGGAAAAGCUCAACCAAAAAAAAAAUAAGUUUAAGUUGCAAUUAAAAGACUUACACGAACAGUUACAAAUACUUCAAAAAGAAAAUGAAUACCUGAAGGAUUAUUAUUAUAAAGAAUGUAUUGAUGAGUUUAUGGGAAUUUGCGGUGAAUUUAGAGAAAAACUUUUUGCGAUUGAAAAUUACUUAGAUAAUAAACAUUUUAUUUUACAAGAUGCUGAACUAAAAGAAGACCAAUAAUUUUGUUCUGAAAAUUUAAUAUAUUACAGGCGUAACACAAUCAGUUUUUAAAUAAAGCAUUUAAUCUUACUUCCUAAUCGUUGAAAAAAGAUUAACAUUAAAGAUUAA